CUCGUGGUGAUAUACACGUCGACCGGAAUUGGUCGGCCGCAACCGCAAGCUUUGGUUGAAAAAAAAGCGUAUCCUCUUUAAGAAUGGCUUGCGCCCCGGCCUGCAGACUCGGAACUUGCCGCAGAGUCCUCUGGAAUUUCACUGUGCGGAUUGGACACCAGCUGCCCGAGAUACCAGCCAGUAAAGGCCACCCAGGAGAUGUGGCUGACUUCGACGAGUACCGCCACCACUUGCCAAACCAAUUAUCCGCGAUGCCCGAGUUUGACACCGAUACUACCGCCAGCGCCCUCGAUGCCGACCAUUUCUCGCAUUUCCAGCUCGCCAUCGGCAGUAUCCUCGUGACAGCCGUGGCGCAAAAUGCAUACGCUCAAAUAUUCGACGGGCUGCCGACGAUCCAAACGUGGGAAGCAUUCCUGCCGCCCAUAAGGUCACACCCCAUAUACGAACUCAACCACAGCGUAAUUUGCGAAGCCGCCCUGGGGAAGAUUAGGGAGUUCGGGCACGCGUUCGACGCCGGCCGCCAGCUGCAGUUCCGGCGCCAGCUCCUGCGCGCGUUCAACGCCGCCAAGGUCGGAAGCCCCGAGUUCGACUUGCGCCUCAUCGAAAUGACGGCCGUCGCCUGCCAUUCCAUUGCCGUCCGUUUGUUCCAGAUGGACGACGGCCUCCACAAGCGCAAGCGAUUUUACUCGGUCCCCCUGCUAAAGACCCCGUUUAGCCACCGCAGCUAUAUAGCUAUCGAGCAGUACCCCGACGGCGAAGCGGACAUUGUUGGAUAUUGGGCAGAAUGCAUGAUUUUCGGCGGCGUCGUGGUUUUUGAUCGGGGCAAGUCCGACAGCGAAUGCAACGCUGUUUAUUUCCACGACGGCCGUCGCGGGGGACCAUUCACACUAUACCCGCCGACCGACGACCAAUUACGCGCCCUUUUGGCCUUCCUCAAAUCGCCCCUGGGGCAGGACCCACUGCCCAUUCUGGCCUCGGAUCUCAAUCGGUACAGGUGGGACCCGUUCUAUGCCAUGAGGGACCACCACAUCUUCCGCGACCGCUACGAGAGGUAUAAUACUGAAGGCCACAGGAGCACAUGGAGGUAG